AUGCCAUGUGUCCCGCGGAGCCGGGCGGCACACGUCUGGUUCUGGCUCCUCGUCCUUCACGUCCAAGCGCCCUGCCUGGGCAAGGCCCCGCCGGCCGGCAGCUCGCUCUUCCCCGACGGCAGGCAAGAGCAAUUUAUCAAGACAUUGCCAGAAUACCAUGUGGUUGAUCCAGCAAGAGUAGACGCAAGCGGGCACUUUCUUUCUUUUAAUUUACACCAUCACAUCUUAAACACGAGGAAGAAGAGAGAUCUCGGCAAAAAGGAAAAUGUGGUAUAUUACAAAAUUAACCACAAGGAGAAGGAUCUGUUUUUUAACUUGACUGUCCACAUGGGAUUUCUUUCGCAUAACUACAUAGUAGAAAGGAGACGUGGCAACCACACUAGUGCGAAGAUUGCAACUCGCUCGGGAGUUCCUUGCCACUUCAUUGGCACAGUGUUGCAGCCAGGUUCGGGGAGUGGGACAGCAGCGAUCAGCACCUGCAAUGGCCUGACUGGAUAUUUCCAUCUGCCCCGUGGGGAUUACUUCAUUGAGCCCAUUAAAAAGCAUCCACAGGAGGAGGGAACACCCCAUCCCCAUAUUAUCUAUGGGGCAAAUAUCCUUCAAAAUGCUUUAAGGAGAAGACGGGCGAUCCCGAUGGAAAAAGAACAAGCAUGUGGAUUGAAUGAUACCCUCAGCUUUUUCAAACAGCAGCAGAAUCAGAGGGAGAGAUGGGAACAAAAUCAUAUGGCUGUCAGAAAGGUUUCUCGGCGCUCUGUCAGCAAGGAGCGAUGGGUGGAGACGCUUGUGGUUGCAGACAGUAAGAUGGUUGAAUAUCAUGGAAGUGACCAUGUGGAAUCAUAUAUCCUCACUAUAAUGAAUAUGGUCACAGGGUUGUUCCACGAUCCAAGCAUUGGCAAUGCAAUUCACAUUGUGCUGGUCCGGCUCAUUCUCUUUGAGGAGGAGGAGCAAGGCUUGAAGAUAGUUCACCAUGCUGAUAAGACACUAGCCAGCUUCUGCAAAUGGCAAAAGAGCGUCAAUCCCAAGAGUGAUGUCAACCCUACACACCACGACGUGGCUGUCCUUCUAACCAGAAAGGACAUUUGUGCUGGCAUGAAUCGUCCAUGUGAAACCUUAGGUUUGUCUCAUCUGUCAGGCAUGUGUCAACCUCACAGAAGCUGUAACAUCAAUGAAGAUUCUGGCCUUCCGUUGGCUUUCACUAUUGCUCAUGAACUUGGACACAGUUUUGGUAUCCAGCACGAUGGAAAAGAGAAUGACUGUGAGCCUGUUGGAAAGCGCCCAUAUAUUAUGUCCCGACAGUUGCAGUAUGAUCCUACUCCACUCACCUGGUCGCAGUGCAGCAAGGAAUACAUCACACGUUUCCUAGACCGCGGGUGGGGAUUCUGUCUGGAUGAUAUCCCCCAAAAAGAAGUUUUGAAGUCCCCAAUCAUUGCUCCUGGAGUGAUUUAUGAUGUACAUCACCAGUGCCAGCUUCAGUAUGGUUCUAAUGCUACUUUCUGUGAAGAUGUGGACAACCUUUGCCAAACACUCUGGUGCUCAGUGAAAGGCUCCUGCCGCUCCAAACUGGAUGCAGCUGCAGAUGGAACUCGGUGCGGAGAAAACAAGUGGUGCUUCUCUGGUGAGUGCAUUACAGUAGGCAAGACUCCCGAAGCAGUCCAUGGCGGAUGGGGCGUUUGGUCGUCCUGGUCCCAUUGCACAAGGACAUGUGGGGCAGGAGUUCAGAGCGCAGAGAGACCAUGCGAUAGCCCAGAACCACAGUUUGGAGGAGACUAUUGCACUGGAGAAAGGAAACGCUAUCGCAUGUGUAACGUUAGCCCCUGUCGCAAAGGCUUGCCAACCUUUCGUCAGAUGCAGUGCAGUGAAUUUGAUACAGUUCCAUACCAGAACGAAUUCUACCACUGGGUUCCUGUUUAUAACACAGCAAACCCCUGUGAGCUCCACUGUCGCCCAAUAGACGGCCAUUUUUCAGAGAAGAUGCUUGAUGCAGUCAUUGAUGGUACUCCUUGCUUUGAAGGAAGGCACAGCCGAGAUAUCUGUAUUAAUGGCAUGUGUAAGGCUAUUGGCUGUGAUUAUGAGAUAAAUUCCAACGCAACCGAAGACCAGUGUGGAGUUUGCCUGGGAGAUGGCUCUGCUUGUCGUACAGUGAAGAUGAUGUUUAAUCAAAGUGAAGGAUUUGGAUACGUUGAUAUUGGGCUAAUUCCGAAAGGUGCGAGGGGAAUCAAAGUCAUGGAAGUUGCAGAAGCGGGAAAUUUCCUUGCUGUGCGAAGCAAAGACCCAGAAAAAUAUUAUCUGAAUGGAGGCUUUAUCAUCCAGUGGAAUGGUGAAUACAAAGUGGCAGGCACAAUAUUUCAGUAUGACAGAACAGGAGAUCUAGAAAAUCUGACUGCUCCAGGACCCACCAAUGAAACAAUAUGGAUUCAGCUACUUUUUCAAGAAACUAACCCUGGAAUCAAAUACGAAUAUACUGUACGUAAAGAAGAAAGUCAUGAGAAUGAGAUUGGAGAGCCAGAGUAUUUUUGGCAGUAUGGAGACUGGACAGCCUGCAGUGUUACCUGUGGAAGAGGGGUGCAGCGCCAGAUUGCCCACUGCAUGCGGAAGGGAAGUGGAGCGAUCAAAAACUCCUUCUGCGACCCUGCAACACAGCCAAAUGGGCGACAAAAGAAAUGCUAUGAAAAGGACUGUCCGCCCAGAUGGUGGUCAGGAGAAUGGCAGAAAUGUUCGGCCACAUGUGGCCCAACAGGCCAGAAGAAGCGAACUGUACUUUGCAUCCAGACGGUGGGAUCUGAUGAGCAGGUGCUGGCUGUCACAGAGUGCCAGCACCUGCUUAAACCAAAGACCCAUUUGUCAUGCAACAGAGAUGUCUUGUGCCCAUCUGACUGGACAGUGAGCAACUGGACUGAGUGCACGGUUACUUGUGGUGGUGGAAUAAGGACUCGUAAUGUCACUUGUGCCAAAAAUAAUGAUGAGCCAUGUGAUACUUCCAAGAGACCAAACUCUAAGGCCCUGUGUAGUCUCCAGCAAUGUCCUUCUGCUGGAAGAUUUCUGAUACCCCCACUGGCACCCAGAAGAGGAAAGAUCAUAAUUAGAAAAACAACUACUAAUCCCAAAAGGAGUCCUCCUCGCAGAAUACCCAUACCAAGCCCGAGGUCCUAUACAACAACAAAAAUACCCAAGCCUGAAAGUGUAACUCCCUGUUUGCCUACGUCCUCUGGUUUGGGUAAUGUCUCAGAAAAAGAAGGAACAGCCAACAGAACAUUACAAAAUAAUUUUCCUGGACCAAGUGAUGUUUACAAUUUUCCGAUUGUUUCUACUGAAAAUAGUUCGCACCAAAAUACUACUUCAUGGCCUUUUCGUAAUAGCUUAAGUACUGAAAUUAUAAGGCAUGCUGAAAAUAUUUCUGAAAGUGAGCCAGUUUCUAGUGUAGAGAGUGAGGUGCAAAGAAGUGAGGACCCUCCUGUCUCAUCUUUUACCAGUAAUCCAGAAAUAACUUCCAGCUAUGAUUACUUAACUGAAGAAUCUGACGACAUUGAUGGGUCACUUGGAGGCAGUGAGAAACCCACUGAUCUUCUUUACAGCACAGAACUCAGUCCUGAAAUCAGAACCAGGAGCACAACCCUAGAUACUGGCUCUCCUGUCCUUCAAAAUGACAGUGUGACUUCUCAGCACCCCCCAGCAUCUCAUCACCGAGACACUUCUACGCUCCUUCCUGUUAGCAGAGAAGCACAAGGGUUGGCAUUUCCAACAACAGCAAACCAUAUCAGUCUGCAAGUUGAUGUGCCUGUUGUAGAAGUAACUACCCCACAAGCAUUGGUUACAGUAGUGCCCACAGUGUUUGGUCAUGUACCAAGAGACCAGACUGACAACAGAAGAGAAAUGAAGCUACCUGACACCGUAACCACCAGCACACAGUCGUCAGCUCUCGACCAUGCUCUCAGGAACCAAAGUGCAACAUCUGAGGGUGUUUUAACAAACGUCACAGACAACAGCCACCUAAUAACAUCCAACAAUUUGCCUAGUGAUGCCUACUGGAUAGUCGGCAACUGGAGUGAGUGCUCUACCACCUGUGGAAUGGGGACUUUCUGGAGACACGUGGAGUGCAGCAGCAGGAACACAUCUCACUGUCAGCACACAAAAAAGCCUGAUCCUGCAAGAAAAUGUUAUCUCCGCCCAUGCGCUAGCUGGAAAACAGGAAAUUGGAGCAAGUGCUCUGCUAACUGCAACGGCGGUUUCAAGACCCGAGAUGUUCACUGCAUUGAUGUUCGUGAAAAGCGACUUCUCAGGCCUUUUCAUUGCCAAUUACUCGGAUAUAAACCACAACUCAGCACUAGUUGUAACAUGGAGCCUUGCUUGCAGUGGCAAGUGGAGCCCUGGAAUGAGUGUUCGAGAACAUGUGGUGGUGGCCAGCAAAAGCGACGUAUCUACUGCCCAGAAGAAGGCUACUGUGACUGGACAAAAAGACCUAAUGCCAUUGCAUCAUGUAACAGGCAGCCUUGUACCCAGUGGAUUAACCAGGCAUGGGGCUCGUGCACCGUUUCUUGUGGAGGGGGCAUUCAGCAAAGAACUGUGAAGUGCAUGAAUAUAGAAACUAAUGAAACUGAAGAUGACAGUAUGUGUGUGGAUAAACCCAAGCCCAUAGAGUAUCAGAAAUGCAAUCUGCAAGAGUGCAGAAAAAGUACAGGGCUACCCUGCAGCAAAGACCAACUGUCGGUUCACUUCUGCCAGAGGCUGAAAGGCAUUGGCAAGUGCUUGCUGCCAUCAAUACAGACUCAGUGCUGCUUCACGUGUAGUCAGCCCCGAAUUCGUAACAAAGCAAGAUAUUGGGAUCAGCGAGGCCUCAAACAACAAAAUUACACUACAUCUAGAAGAAAAUCACCUCAAAACCAAGAAAACAACAACCAAGCUGCUCAGCACUAGCUGUUUUUUAUCUCGUUGCUUUGAAUAGGGCUUUUGUUUACAGGUUUUAUGUUCCUUCUUUUUUUUCUGAACCAUCCAACACAAAUGGAAAUCUGUGAUCAAAACUGGGAAAACACAUCCCUUAGGGUUGUCAGUCCUAAUUAACUGCUUCAAAUUUUUCUCUGUAAUAGUCCAAAAUUUGUAACAUAAUUUGCAAUGUACCAGCAGCUAGUACUUCUUAGGCAUGCAUAGAGGCUAGAAAGAAGCUUGCAAAAUUUUUUUUAUUUUUUUAAAUGAAUAUUUUAAUUGUUCUUUCUUCCAUCCCUUUUCCAAAACCACUUGAAACAACAGCACCGCUUUCUCAAGAGUGCUGAGUGAAGGUGGCCAACAGGGCAGCAGACAUAGACCUGUGCUCUGGGCCAGAUCCCUCUAUGCUCACUCACUUUUCUGUUUUUAGGAAUCAAGGUGAAGUGGCAGUGUUUCUCUA